ACAGUCAAAAUGCUGAUUAUCAUUGAGUCAAGGAUAGGCUUGAGCAGUUGAGAUGUCACUUUACAUGGCGGUUGCUAAUUGAAGCCCUUGAAAUUCCUGAUUUAGAAAACAGGGUCUUGGAAGAGAUUCAGUUCGUGGACACAAAAUACAGUGUGGGAAUGCACAACCUACUAGCUUAUGUGAAACACUGGAAAGGCCAGAAUGAGGAAGCACUAGAGAAAGAAGCUGAAUGAGAACACACCAACCAAGCAGACAUGAGUGACCAGUAUCAACACAAGGGCAGGUGACCUGGGGCAACUUUGCCUGGGUAUAUCACCACAUGGGCAGACUGGCAGAAGCCCAGACUUACCUGGAUAAGGUAGAGAACAUUUGCAAGAAGUUUGCAAAUGCUUCCCGCUGUAGAAUGGAGUGUCCUGAGAUGAACUGUGAGGAAGGAUGGGCCUUGGCGAAAUGUGGAGGAAAGAAUUACGAACGGGCCAAGGCCUGCUUUGAAAAGGCUCUAGAGGUGGGCCCUGAAAAUCCUGAAUUCAGCACUGGGUAUGUGAUCACUGCCUAUUGCCUGGUUGGUUUUAACACAACAGAGAGUAAUGAGACAUUUUCUCUGCACUGCCUAAAAUGGGCUGUCAGUCUAAAUCCAAAAGAUGCAUACAUUAAGGUUCUCCUUGCCCUGAAGCUUCAGGAUGAAGGACAGGAAGCUGAAGGAGAAAAGCACAUUGAAAAAGCUCUGAUCAGUAUGUCUUCAUAGACCUAUGUUUUUCGAUAUGCAGCCCAGUUUUAUCAAAGCAAAGGCAGUAUAGAUAAAGCUCUUCUGCUCUUAAAAAUGGCCUUGCAGGGAACACCCUCUUCUGCCUUCCUGCAUCACCAGAUAGGGCUUUGCUGCAGGAAACAGACAAAAAAAGCUAAAGGCAGGAUAGAGAAACUGUAGACAAAAUAAUAAGAUUAGUUUUAUCUCAUGUUGAAUUUGCUGUAGAGCAAAGGCC